CGAAUCACGAUUCACAUCACUGCUCAUUGCAUUAUCCCACCAAACUGAUGAGCGUUGACGAAGCUUCUUCUUCUUCUUCUUCUUCUUCUUCUUCUUCUUCUUCUUCUUCGUGAUUUCCAACCCUAACCUCUCUCCUAUCAGGCUGGGUUCAAUAUUGAGAAAGCUCCAGAAUUUUUUAGUUGAUCUGUUGAAGCUAAGGCGGAUUGACACAAGAUUAUAUUCUAUUGCCCUUUUGGUUUCAUUCUCUUCACCAGCUAUUAGCUUCAGAAUAUCGGUACUCCCAGAUUCUUUCCUUACUCCAUCAAGGAAGAAUUGCAUCCUUAGGUGGAAUUUGACUUUCUGAAGGACCCAGAGUUCAGAAGUUAUUUUGAAAUAUUAUGGUUCUAUAGAGUUCUGUGAGGCUUGGGCGAUGGCUUUUUAUUCUGAGGAGGAAAAAACUGAGGAUUAUCUUUUCAAGAUUGUUUUAAUUGGUGAUUCAGCCGUGGGAAAAUCAAAUUUGCUUGCUAGAUUUGCUAGAGAUGAAUUUUACCCUAAUUCAAAGUCAACCAUUGGAGUGGAGUUCCAAACCCAAAAGAUGGAAAUAAAUGGAAAGGAAAUCAAAGCUCAGAUAUGGGAUACAGCUGGUCAAGAGCGAUUUAGGGCUGUUACGUCUGCAUAUUAUAGAGGAGCUGUUGGAGCUCUCCUCGUAUAUGACAUUAGUAGGCGUCAGACCUUUGACAGCAUUGGGAGAUGGCUGAAUGAACUUCACACUCAUUCCGACAUGAAUGUAGUAACCAUUCUGGUUGGCAACAAGUCUGAUCUCAAGGAUGCUAGAGAAGUACCUACUGCUGAAGGCAAGUCCUUGGCAGAAGCUCAGGGUCUGUUUUUUAUAGAAACCUCAGCCCUUGAUUCCUCAAAUGUGACGAAUGCGUUUCAGACAGUCGUGAAAGAGAUCUACAACAUAUUGAGCCGAAAAGUUAUGAUAUCUCAAGAACUUAACAAGCAGGAUGUGAGCUGGAUGGAGAAUGGAAAGACUACUGUAGUUAUACAGGGAGAGGACCUAGUAGAAGAAGAGCCCAAAAAAGGUGGGUGCUGCUCAUCCUAAUAAUUUACAUAUUCGAAUCCGUUCUUUCAUUUAUUCUGCUCAGCUCAUUAUAUAGCCUCAUUUGCUACUUAACUUCCACAUGUAUCUUCUUCUCCAUCUUGUUGAAUUUUCUUCAGUCGAUGAAUCUGCUAUCUAUGUUUUUCUUCUGCAAUUCUGGGUAACAUUGAUUUGAUGUGUUGCACGACUGAUGGAUUAAAGAAACAUGGGGGGAAUUGAAAAUUGUAAAUGUGACCUGAAAAGGGUUUAAUUUUCAAAGUAAUAUUUUACCUCUGUUCAAAUUUGUGCACACUAA